AUGUCGUCCAACGCAAAUCCACCUAUCUUUGCCAAUACCGAAAAGUUCGACGGCACAAACUUUGCCACAUGGGAGCUGCUAAUUAUCAUUGUGGCAACCAGUCGCGGUGUGCUAGGAUACCUACAAGGGACUAUCCGAAACCCUGCUCCGUCUGCAUCCCCAACCGGCGCACUUACUUACAUGCCUGCACCACUGGAAAUACCCCUCCCUGACGAUACCACACAAUGGUACUCCUCCCAUCCUUCUGUUGCAGAGUGGGCGAUGUGCGAUGCCUGGGUGCGUGCGCUACUACUCUACAACACCAAAAAUCCUGUUGGCCUAGGUCUCAAACUUGAUGGGACUGCUGCUGAAGCCUGGAACUCUCUCACCUCACAGUAA